AUUCGUGCCCGGUAUUGUGCAGCGGGAACGGCCUAUAUGAGAAAGGACGGUGUGUGUGCCUGGAGGGGUGGAAGGGGGCGGAGUGUAACGUGGAGGAAGGGCAGUGCAUCGACCCCACCUGCUCCAACCAUGGUGCCUGCAUCCAGGGUAUCUGCAUCUGUACUCCGGCUUAUAAGGGGGUCAACUGUGAACAAGAGCUGUGCCUGGUGCCAUGUGGCAGCCAUGGCGUUUGCUCAGAGGGCCAGUGCCAGUGCGAGGAGGGCUGGAUCGGCGCCGCGUGCGACCAGAGAGCGUGCCACCCUCGCUGCGAGGAGCACGGCCAGUGCCACGACGGGACCUGCAUCUGCCAACCCGGCUGGGAGGGGGAGCACUGUAACAUCGUUACUCAUGACUUGGACGUUGUAGUGAAAGACGGCUGCCCGGGGUUGUGCAGUGGCCACGGGCGCUGUACUCUSGAGCAGAGUGGCUGGCGCUGCAUCUGCCAAGCUGGAUGGAGUGGGCCUGGAUGCAGCGUUGUCAUGGAAACUGACUGCAGUGAUGGAACUGACAAUGACGGAGAUGGUUUGACAGACUGCGUAGAUCCAGACUGUUGCGAGCAGCUGAGCUGUGGCUCCGACCCCCUGUGUCACGGUUCCGCCGACCCGCUGGCCCUGCUGCAGCAGAGCCCGCAGUCCCCCUCCAUGCCGUCCGCGUUCAUCAGCACACACACACACAGCUUCUACCGCCGCAUACGCUUUCUACUUGGCAAGUCGGCCACACACACUCUCCCUGGAGACGUGCCCUUUGAUACCAGUCGGGUGGCUGUGAUUCGAGGUAGAGUUGUACUGCAGGAUGGCUCUCCUCUGGUUGGAGUCAACAUCACCUUCCCACAGCAUCCUGAGUUUGGGUACACAAUCAGCAGGCAGGAUGGAAGUUUUGACUUGGUGACAUUCGGUGCAAUGUCUGUGACCCUCAUGUUCCAGCGGCCGCCCUUCCUYUCCCAAACACGCACCAUAUGGACGCCAAACAACAACUUCCUGGUUCUGGAUCAGGUGACCAUGACCAAAGAGGAAGCGCAACCUUCUAAGUGUGACAUCAGAAGUGUUCUGAGCCCAUAUCCGCUGGUUCUGCCUUACCCUCUUCCCAGAUACACCGGGUCAUGUACAGAAAAGGGACCAGCUGUGCCCGAGCUACAGGCGAUCCAGGAAGAAGUUUCCAUCCCGGGAGCUUUUGUGAAGCUGAACUACUUGAGCACCCGUGCCGCAGGCUACUUCGCUCUGCUGCGCAUCCUCCUCACUCCCCCGUCCUCGUCGUCCCCCGUUUCCCCCCUGGGCGACCUGUCCAAGGUGCACGUCCGCGCGUCUGUCCAAGGGAGGUUAUACCAGCGGUGGUAUCCUGCUGGGCCCGGUCUGGUCCACAAGCUGGUCUGGAACAAGACGGAUGUUUAUGGCCAGGAGGUGUGGGGACUCACACAUGCAACCGUGUCAGUGGGUUACGAGUACGAGUCGUGUCCCGGCAUCAUCCACUGGGAAAGGAGGACCGCUCUGAUGCAGGGGUUUGAGCUCGUUCCCUCCAGCCUUGGAGGAUGGUCCCUGGACAAACACCACGCCCUUAACAUACGUAGCGGAAUCCUUCAUAAAGGGAAYGGAGAAAACAUCUUCCUGUCCCAGCAGCCCCCUGUCAUCAGCACAGUUAUGGGGAACGGUUUCUAUCGCAGUGUUCCCUGCGGCCCAAGCUGCAGUGGUGCGGCUCGGGACAUGAUGCUGUUCGCUCCCGUGGCGCUGGCCAGCGGCCCUGAUGGAUCUCUGUACGUUGGCGAUUUUAACUUCGUCCGCAGGGUCCACCCUGAUGGAUACACCAGGACCAUACUGGAACUGAAGAACCGGGACACCCGACACAGCACCAGCCCUGCUCAUAAGUACUAUCUGGCCAUGGACCCCGUGGGCGAGGUCCUCUACGUGUCCGACACCAGCAGCCGCAGAGUUUACAGAGUCCGAAACCUCGUUCAGCCCAAAGAUCCAGCGCGCAACCUUGAGGUAGUGGCCGGAACGGGAGAGCAGUGUCUACCUUUCGACCAGAGCCACUGUGGAGAGGGCAGAAAGGCCACUGAAGCUGCACUCAAUAACCCUCGAGGUAUUGCAGUGGAUAAGAGAGGUGUUGUCUACUUUGUGGAUGGCACCACCAUUCAGAAGAUUAAUGAGAGAGGUUUGCUCUCCACUGUGAUUGGCUCAAACGGACUCAUGUCGACGCAGCCGCUGAGCUGUGAUGCACGCAUGGAUAUCAGCCAGGUGCGAUUGGAGUGGCCAACAGACCUUGCCAUUAACCCUCUGGACAACUCGCUCUACAUCCUGGACAACAACAUUGUCUUACAGGUGUCAGAGAGUCUUCAGGUGCGGAUCGUGGCGGGACGUCCCAUUCACUGCCAGGUCCCGGGUAUCGACCACCACCUGGUGAGCCGGGCGGCCGUGCGUGCCACCCUGGAGGCGGCCAAAGCCAUCGCCCUGUCCCACCUGGGAACGCUGUUCAUCGCUGAGACGGACGAAAGACGAAUCAAUCGCAUCCAACAGGUGUCGACCAACGGGGAGAUAUCGAUCAUCUCUGGAGCCCCCACAGACUGCGACUGUAAGAUAGACCCCAACUGUGACUGCUUCUCUGGAGACGGAGGCUACGCCCGUGACGCUCGACUCAAAGCCCCCUCCUCCCUGGCGGUGGCCCCCAACGGCACCCUGUAUAUUGCUGACCUGGGUAACAUUCGGAUCCGAGCUGUCAGCCCCAACCAGCCUCAGCCCGGCCCUGGUGGACUGGUGGAGAUCAGCUCACCGCAGGACCGGGAGCUCUAUGUCUUCAGCCAGGUAAACAGCGCUGCGGCUCUGUCCGUAAAAUGGUGUCUGCGGGCCGGAGAUUUGUGUCUGUGGAAAGGUCACAGGAUGGAGGGGCUGCUUCCUGUCCAGCUGUGGAGAGAUUCACUUGUGCUGUCAAACAUAAACAAUGUCAAGAAAUAUUUAUUUUUUCUUUUCAGGUUUGUAAAAUCUCUCUCACCCGCUCCCCAUCCAGAUCACGCUCAGAGCUCGUACAGAGUCAGCUCGGACGGCUCGUUCCUGGUGUCGCUGGCGAGCGGCAUGGAGCUGCUGCUGAGCACGGAGCCCCUCCUCCCGGCAGGCGUCGGGGGCGGAGUCAGCCCGACGGCCAGCCGCUGCAACAUCAGCCUGCCUGGAGACCACGGCCCCAGCCUGAUAGAGUGGAGGCAGCGGAAGGAGCAGAGCAAGACCAACUACAGCACCUACGAACGCAGGCUCAGGGCACACAACAGAAAUCUGCUUUCUAUAGAUUUUGAUCAAAGCACCAGAGUUGGGAAAAUCUAYGAUGACCACAGGAAGUUCACCCUCCACAUCCAGUAUGACUCGUUGGGUCGGCCGAUUGUUUGGUCCCCCAGCAGCAAAUACACUGAAGUGAACGUCACGUACUCCGCCGGGGGGCUUCUGUCGUCCAUCCACCGAGGAGAAUGGUCUGAGCAGCUGGAGUAUGAGAACGACAGGGUGGUGUCCAGAGCCUGGGUCAAUGGCAAGAUCUGGAGCUACACUUACGCAGACAGGUCCAUCAUGUUGCUCCUGCACAGCCAGCGGCGUUACAUCUUUGAUUACGACCAAACGGACCGGCUGCUCGCCGUGACGAUGCCCAGCAUGGUGAAGCACACGCUGCAGUCCCUGCUGUCCAUCGGCUACUACAGGAACAUUUACACCCCGCCGGACAGCCAGGCGUCGUUCGUGCAGGACUUCACCCUGGACGGGCGGCUGAUCAGGACUCAGUACCUGGGAACGGGACGCAGCGUCCUCUACAGGUAUACAUCAGCAGCGAAGCUCUCGGAGGUGGUUUAUGACUCCAGCCUUGUGACCUUCACUUACGACGAAGCCUCCGGCACUGUCAAGACCAUUCAUCUCACCCAUAACGGCUUUAUAAGCUCUAUACGCUACAGACAGACAGGGCCCCUGACAAGCCGGCAAAUCUUCCGCUUCAGUGAAGAAGGCUUGGUCAACGCCAGGUUUGACUACAGCUACAACAACUUCCGAGUCACCAGCAUGCAGGCUGUCAUCAACGAGACCCCUCUGCCCAUCGAUCUGUACCGUUACGUGGACGUGUCCGGACGGGUCGAGCAGUUUGGCAAGUUCAGCGUCAUCUUCUAYGACCUCAACCAGGUGAUCACCACCCAUCUGAUGAAGCACACCAAGGUAUUCAACUCCUACGGUCAGGUGGUGGAGGUCCAGUAUGAGAUCCUAAAGUCCAUCGCCUACUGGAUGACCAUUCAGUAUGACUCAGCGGGGCGCACCACUACCUGUGACAUCAGGGUAGGCGUGGACAGCAAUGUGACGCGCUACACGUACGAGUACGACGCAGACAGUCAGCUGCAGAGCGCCUCGGUCAAUGAGCGUCCUCAGUGGCGCUACAGUUACGACCUCAAUGGGAACAUUAACCUGCACAGCCUCGGGACAAGCACCAGGCUGACGUCGCUGCGCUACGACCAGAAAGAUCGCAUCACACACCUCGGGGACCUGCAGUACAGCGUGGAUGACGACGGCUUCCUCCGCCAGCGAGCCAGUGAACUCUUCGAGUACAACUCCAACGGACUGCUGACCCGCGUCUUCAACCGCAUGACGGAGCGCUCGGUCUGGUACCGCUACGACGGGCUGGGCCGGCGCGUGGCCACUAAGAACAGCCAGGGCGAGCAGCUGCAGUUCUUCUACGCCGAUCUGUCACACCCCACCAGGGUCAGCCACCUGUACAACCACAGCAGCAAUCUGAUCACGUCUCUGUACUACGACCUUCAGGGCCAUCUCAUCGCCAUGGAGCUGAGCAGCGGGGAGGAGUACUAUGUCGCCUGUGACAGUGUGGGGAGCCCGAGGGCAGUGUUCUCCAGCAAGGGCCGAUUAAUCAAAGAGAUCCUCUACACCCCCUAUGGAGAGGUCUAUCAAGACACAAAUCCUGACUUCAAGCUGGUCAUCGGCUUCCACGGAGGCCUGUACGACCCGUUCACGAGACUGGUCCACCUCGGUAGGCGGGACUACGACACGCUCGCCGGCCGAUGGACUUCACCGAACUAUGAGCUGUGGGGGGAGCUGAGCAAAGAGCCGCAGCCGUUCAACCUGUAUGCCUUUAAGAACAACUGCCCGGUCGGGAACGUGGAGGAGGUGACACAGUUUACUACAGAUAUUGGUAGCUGGCUGCAGCUAUUUGGCUUCCAGCUUCAUAACGUUGUCCCUGGUUUUCCAAAGCCUGACGUGGGCAGAAUGGAACAAACAUAUGAACUCAUGAAAACCCAGACAAAGACACAGAACUGGGACUCCAGCAAGAUGGUGUUAGGGAUCCAAUGUGAGCUGCGGCGACAGCUGAGGAGCUUCAUCUCUCUGGAGCGGUUACCUCUGGUCUCUGACCCGGUGGGUUCCUCCUGCCACAGACCGACUCACCCGCCCCCCUUCGGCUCCCGCCCCUCCAUCCUCGGCCCCAGCAUCCGAUUCGCCGUCUCGCACGGCCGGGUGAGCGCCGAGGUCAUCGGCGUGGCCAGCGAGGACAGCCGGCGGGUGGCGGCCAUCCUGAACGGCGCCGUCCACCUGGGCGGGCUCAGCUUCACGGUGCGCGGCUGCGACACGCACCACUUCCUCCAGUCCCGCCCCAUCGAGGAGGACCUCGCCCUGGGGCUGGGCGUGGGCGGCCGCGUCCUGGAGAGCGGCGUGAACGUGAGCGUGUCSCAAAUGAGCGCCACGGUGGGCGGCAGGACUCGACGCUUCGCCGACAUYGCCCUCCAGCAGGGGGCGCUGUGCCUGUGCGUGCGCUACGGUGGCACCGAGGAGGAGGAGCGGGCGCGGGUGACGGAGGAGGCGAGGAAGCGGGCGGUGGAGGGGGCGUGGGAGAAGGAGAGGAGGAGGUUGGAUUUGGGGGACGUGGGGAGCAGAGCGUGGAGCGAGGCGGAGAAGCAGCAGCUGCUGUCCGGAGGGCGCGUUCAGGGCUACGACGGCUACUACUCGCUGCCCGUGGAGCAGCAGCCGGAGCUGUCCGACUGYCCCACCAACAUCCACUUUAUGACACUCAGCGAGGUGGGGGGCAGGUAACAGAGACACUGAAACGACCCCCCACCUUCCCACCAAAGACUGCCUGUUUCUACUCUGCUCUGAUUUGUUCUACUGUUUCUAUACUUUACCGAAAAAAAAA